UAAUAAUAUGACUUGUUGGAUAGGUUCAUCAUUGUUGCUUCGUCCAAUUGAAGAACCGAAUACAAUCCAAUCGAAGAAAAUCUCAAUAUGGAAGUAUGACAGUAAUAUUACAAGUAUAAAAAUGUUUAUUGAUGUCAUACUUUUAGGUUUUGAGAAUGGAAAGCUGGGUAUCCAGAGAUAUAAAUACAUUGGUAACAGAAAAGUAGUCAAGAUUAAUUAUAUAGAAUUACAAAUUGACGAUCAUGCGAUAAGAAAUAUUCUUAUUGAUACUAUUGAUGACAAACCUUACAUUCUUGUUACGUCGGAUUACAAUAUUCGCCGAUUAUUAAUCCCUGGAUAUUAAAUUGCAGCAUUAAUUACUAUAAAAUAUU